CGAUGAAUGCGGACAAUCGGUUUUGGGCAGUUGAGUUUCGACAGUGUUUAGGAGAAGACCAACAACCAAUUAGUGGAACAAUGUCUGCCACUCGAGUAGGAGGAGUAGCGGCGAUAAUCUGCUUCAUAUUGAUAGCUGCCGAAGCAGCUAAAUACGAUGGUUACAAACUAUACCAGAUAACAACACCAUGGACGAGGCAACAACAUGAUCUGCUCGGACAGCUGAACUUGAAGGAGGACGAGGCCUAUGAAUUUGUGCAUCCCAACAAGUUCAUUGUGAAUCCCGAAUAUUUGGAAGAGUUCAAGGCUGCUUUGCAACAAAACAAUUGGUCGUACGAAGUGAAAAACGAAGAUGUCGGCAAGACGUUGCGGGAACAUUUUGAACAAAACAAGGCCAUGCAAAAACUAUUCCCCUAUUCGGGUCAAGGACGAUUGGGUACCAAUCAAUACUACAGUCAUUCCGUGAUCAAUGCCUAUUUGGAAUCAUUGGCCGCCGCCUAUCCAAAUCGUGUGUUUUUGCGUAAAGUGGGUUACUCCUUUGAGGGCCGCGAACUGAAGUCCUUGAUCAUUACCAAUGGUGAUGGUCGCAAUGAUAAGAAUGUUAUUUUGGUUGAUGGUGGUUUCCAUGCCCGUGAAUGGAUCUCUCCCGCUGCGGCAAUUUAUGCCAUUGAACAGUUGGUGGAGAAUUUCGAACAAAAUCGUGAUUUACUUCAAGAUUAUGAUUGGGUCAUAUUGCCGGUGGUGAAUGCUGAUGGAUAUGAAUAUACCCAGGCAGCAGUCGAAAAUAGAUCGUGGCGUAAAACACGUAAACCCUUGUUCCAUCAGGGUGGCAUUUGCUAUGGUACCGAUCCCAACAGGAAUUUCGAUUUCCAUUGGAUGGGAGGUGGUGCCUCGUCGGAUCCCUGCUCGAAUACAUUUGCAGGACCCAAGCCAUUCUCGGAACCCGAAGCUAUGGUUGUGCGUGAUCUAAUUCACACCUACAAGGAUAAGGGUCAAAUGUAUUUGACCUUGCAUUCUCAUGGUAGUCUGUUGCUGUAUCCUUGGGGUUGGAGUUCAGACUUACCUGAUACCUGGCCAGAUUUGCAUGAGGUUGCCACAGCCGGAGCUGAGGCCAUUAAGGCAGCCACUGGCAAUGUCUACACAGUGGGCUCCUCAACGAAUGUUCUGUACGUUGCAGCCGGUGCCAGUGACGAUUAUGCUUUUAAUGCCGGCUUCCCCAUUUCAUUUACGAUGGAAUUACCCACUGCUGGUGCGUCCGGUUUCGAUCCCCCAGUCGAAAUGAUUGAUCCUUUGGUUAAGGAAACUUGGGUUGGAAUUCGUGCCAUGGCCUUGAAAGUUAUCGAGAAAUAUCCUUUGGUUUAAAAAUCAAGAAAAUAUUAACAAUGUUAAAGUAUAUUUCAGAACCGAAAAGUAUUAAUUAAAAAAAUAUUUGUUUCUCUGAUGGGGUACUGUGUACUUUUUCGAGAAUUCUAUAA